AAUCAUUCAGGGAUUGUUACUUGCAGCGAUCAGAGGGGCACUCUGCUUGCCAACUUUUAAAAGACCGGUUUCCUUCCAGGACUGUAGAAAGUUUUGGAUCAUUAGGAAGCUCAUCUCUAUCUCUUUCUCCUGACUUUUAUUUGUCUUAUCAAGAAUAUAUCUGGUUUUUAAGUGAAUCAAAUUUAAGGAAAGCCUGUGACUGGUUCCAUAUCUUGUUUGUUUCCUCAUCAUAUUCAGGAUUAGAAUUUACUUUUGACUGGAUGUUGAAGGAUUAAAAACAUCUCUGUUCUACAUUUGAAGGAAAGGUGAUAGAUCCGAUCAAGUAAGGGGAUAGAGGGGAACCUUUGAUCUCUCUUCGCUCCCAUCAAGGACUCAUUUCUUUCAAGUCUACAGGAAUAUUCACUUACUUUCCAGCCUGAAUCAGAUCACAUGCUUGAUUGGGAACAUGGCAAACUGUCAGGGCAAGCUUAGCCAAAUAUGGUUUAUUUUUUUAUCAUGCUACCUCAUUCACCACAUCUCUGCCUCAGCCCUGAGAUGUGGCUCUAGAUUAUAUGCAGGUAGAGGUAUUAUCAAAUCACCAAACUUUCCUGGCAAAUACCCCAGUGACAUCAGCUGUGAAUGGACACUUAUAUCCGAGGAUAAUGGUCAUGUGACUUUAACUUUUGAAGCAUUUGAGUUGGAAGAAAGUCCAGGAUGCUAUUAUGACUAUGUGGAGGUAUAUGAUGGUGAAAGUGCAAGAGAUGUUUUACUUGGUAAAUACUGUGGAACAAGUAAACCACAAACCAUCACUUCAACAUCUCAAAUGCUCUUUGUGAGGUUCAUCACAGAUUCAUCUAUAGAGAGACUAGGAUUCAGUGCCAAUUACAGCACAGGAUGCUCAAGGACAUUCUUUGGUCCAAGGGGUACCAUCAUAUCACCAAAAUACCCAGGAAACUACCUUGAUAAUCUUAACUGUGUCUUCAAGAUUGUGGUUGGUAGACACAAAGUGAUACGUCUAGGUUUUAGAACGUUUUCUGUUGAGGGGGGUACAGCAUAUUGUAGCUAUGACUAUCUGGAGAUCAGAGAUGGAUCAUCAUCAGAAUCAAAGUCGAUUGGGCGUUUUUGUGGUGAGGAGGAUCCUGGUGUCUUGGUAUCUACUGGUAACACCAUGAUGUUAAGGUUUGUCACCGAUGAAUCAGUCAAACGUCAAGGAUUCAUGCUAGAAUAUGAAGCUAUUGCCGUUGAUGCAUCAGCUACUGAUCCCUGUAUGAUAGACAAUGGAGGUUGUAGUGAAUACUGUCGUAUAGAUGGAUAUGGCAAUGCAGUAUGUGGAUGUCCAGAAGGGUAUGAACUGGAUGAAACUCAAAAAGGCUGUAUUGAUAUUGAUGAAUGCCUACUAAGUGAGAGUUGUCCACACAUCUGUGUAAAUCUUGAAGGUACCUAUCGAUGUGAAUGCAUCUUAGGUUUUGAGGUAUCCACCAAUGGAAAGGCUUGUGAUGAUGUGAAUGAGUGUUUGACUGAGAAUGGUGGUUGUUCACAAAGUUGUUUUAACUCAAGAGGUUCAUUCUAUUGUGGUUGUACUGAACCUGGAUCUAUCCUUGGUCAUGAUGGACGUACUUGUUCACCAGAGACUAUAGGUUCAAGUUGCCGUGAAGAUAAUGGUGGCUGUGAGCAAGUUUGUCAUGAGAGACUUGGUGGUCACUAUUGUUCAUGCCAUGCUGGUUAUAAUCUAGGAUCCAAUGGAGUCAAUUGUUCAGAUGUUGAUGAGUGUUUAAGACCUGCAUCAGAUUUCUCUACAUACAGCAAUCAUUGUAAUCAGAGAUGCAUUAAUACAGCAGGUAGCUACUAUUGUGACUGUCAUGAGGGAUUUGAACUUAGUCCAAAUGGCAGGGUCUGUAAAGAUAUUGAUGAGUGUGCUACUGAGCUGAGGUAUCAAUGUGAACAUGACUGCAUCAACUUUCCUGGUGGAUUUCGUUGUCAAUGUUUCCCUGGUUACCGUGUCUUACCGAUGGCAUCAACCAUUCAAUGCGAAGAUAUCGAUGAGUGUGAAACUCAAACAGAUGAUUGCCAUGUUUGUACUAACUUUGAUGGAGGAUUUGAGUGUUCCUGUCGAGAUGGCUUCAUAACUAAUGACAAUGCUACGAGCUGUCUUGAUAUAAAUGAAUGUGAUAUCAACAAUGGUGGAUGUCAACACGUUUGUGUAAACCUUUCCGGUAGCCAUGAAUGUCGUUGUCGAUCAGGUUUCCAAGGGACAGACCCUUCAAAUGUUAUUUGUGUUGAUAUUGAUGAAUGUGGAGCUGAUAGGUCUGGACCAUGUGAUCAUCUUUGUGCAAACAAUGAAGGAUCUUUCCAGUGUACUUGUCGUAGUGGGUUUUACUUGCGAGAGGAUAGACUGACAUGCAGCGACAUCAAUGAAUGUCAAGAUAAUAAUGGUGGAUGCAGUCAACAAUGUAUCAAUACACCAGGUGGAUCAGAAUGCAGGUGCUUUGAUGGUUUCCGUUUGAGAAAUGGUGAGCUUCUUGACUCUGAUAUAUGUAUUGAUAUUGAUGAAUGUCAAGAGAAUACACAUGAGUGUGUAGCAGCUGAGGAAGCAAUAUGUGAGAAUACUCAAGGCAACUAUACAUGUAACUGCCCUAAUGGAUUCUACACAUUUCAGUGGUUACAUUGUAGAGACAUAGAUGAAUGUAGUAAUUCAUCUCUCAAUACUUGUCAACAAGUGUGCAAUAAUUUACCAGGAAGUUAUUCUUGUUCUUGUGAGGAAGGUUACAUACAAGUCAAUGAGUCUUAUUGCAAAGACAUCAAUGAGUGUGAUAUAGGACUAUGUGAUCACAAUGACCUGUGUGUUAAUACAGAUGGGAGCUUUACAUGUCUUUGUCAUGAUGGUUUCUAUCUGACAUCAGAUGGUUUAUCAUGUUCAGAUGUUGAUGAAUGCAAGGUUAAUAAUGGAGAAUGUCAACAGAUAUGUAUCAAUGAUAGAGGAGGACAUAGAUGUGACUGUGAAGAAGGCUAUGAACUUAAAAAGAAUGGCAGAACAUGUAGAGACAAAAAUGAGUGUGAUACAGAGUAUGCUUGCUGUAAUCAACUACACAACUGUGUUAAUCUACCAGGCACUUAUACAUGUAGCUGUGAUCCAGGCUUCUACAUGGAUGCUGAUAAUUGUACUUGUUUAGAUAUAAAUGAAUGUGAACUGAAUAAUGGUGGUUGUGAUCAUAUCUGUACCGACUAUCCAGGAGGAUACAAUUGUUCCUGUAAUGAGGGGUAUGAACCACAUCAUAUUGCAUCUAACAGGUGUAGAGAUAUAGAUGAAUGUGCAACGUUAAAUGGAGGAUGCGAUCAUUUCUGUUCAAAUUAUCCUGGUGGCUAUAAUUGCUCCUGUCAGGGCAAUUCCAAACUCAAUGUGGAUGAACAUACAUGUAGCCCGUGCCCAACAUGUGAAAACUUCGAAGAAUUACAAGGGAUGUUAAUGGACUUAAAGCUGACGAUUGAAUCAAUGGAAAAGACUAUCACAGGACUCAGAAAAAACAACACACAACUUGAAAUGAGACUACGGAAAGUUGAGGACUGGCAAAGCGUGGAAUCAACCAAGAAACUUCCUGGCGAUAUAAAUGUUAUUAACUGAUCCUUAUCAUGUAAAUGUAUUUUCAUACCAACUGUGAACAUAGUGUAAAUAAAUCAUGUAUGAAUACUAUAAAUAUAUUUAAAGUGAGGAAUGUUUGUAUGAUGCAGGGUGAAGUGUGACUAUGUUGUUUUUUGGACAUGUAUUAUGGUUCAGGGAGGUUAUAUUUUAAGAAAAUCAAUAUCCAGAGUAAGUUAACCAUACAAAUUAUCACCUAACUGGCAGAAGGACGUUAGGAUCUUUCGUGUAUGUCAAUUCUCAUUCCUGUUGGACAAGCAGAAGGACGUUAACCCUCAUGCACACUGUACAUUCACUUAGUGUGUACUUGAGCUGACGCCCUUCUGCCAGCUAGGUGAAAUUACAAUAUGUUUAGUUUUGUUAUCAAACUAUGCAAUGAAAAACUGGAUGUAUACAAAAAAUGGGAAACCCAAAUAUGUUAUUAGUUAUGAGAAGAUUACUAAGAAGUGAUGAUCAAAUUAUAUCACUUCAAAGUACAACUCCAUUAACAAAAAAAACCAUGUGUGACUGAACACCAUUAUUUGGGAAAGACCGGUGCAAAUGAGCAGUUGGUUCUCUUUCAAUGCAUGUAGAAUUGGAAUUAUUUUCGGGACCUAAGAACAUUUCUUCAAUAAAAAAAAUGUUUUUGUGUUAGAAUUGAAGCUUCUCAAUGUUUUGUUUUAAAGUACAAAACUCUUCAAAAAACAUAUUGUGAAAUAUUAAGAGGGGUUAAAGCUCCUUAUGUUCUUAUUCUAUUACUGGUACAUACAUGAAUGUUCAUUUUGUCAAAUAUUAACUAAGGUGUUCAUCAUCCUAAACACUUAAUAGAGGUAUCAUGCC